CUUUUAUCUAGGCCGCAAAUGACUUACCUCUUAAUAUCCCAAGUGCCUCUUAUUAACUCUACUAUCUUCAGUGGUUGAAUUGUUGUGGAUUCUAGGGGCUUUCUAGGCCGCCUCAAAAAGGGUCAAAUAUAUCACCAGCAGUGUUGCAUAUACCCAUUUCUCCGAAUAUGAGGGUAUCACGUACAUUCGGCAGUCUUAUAGGCAGUUUUAUGGUUCUCAGCAUGUUGCCAUAUAUCCUUGCGGCAUCAUUCCAGUUGGAUGCCUUAGUGAGCAGCCUGCCAUACCGUUUGUUUCAGCGAAGCCUACCAGGGUCGCUCGGAACUGCCCCCGAAGGAGCAGUAGGCUAUCAGCCGCCACCCGGACCUGUUGUCAAUAAUGCUCAGCCGACAGAGACCAGGCCAGUGGUGGAUACGACAGCGACAGUGGCAAGCACAACGGCCACUCAAAGUCUAUCGCGCGAGUCGAAACAAGAGGCAGCUGAACUUAACGGCGCACCACCUGUGACAGCGUGAGUUUCCGUGUGCGCAGUAUCAUCGAAUUAUGCAGUUCACUGAUUUCAAGAUCUGAAGUAACCCGCGAGACAAUGUUGCCAUCCUGACUGGAACCGCAACAAAGACACAGGCGAUGAUGGAGAGGACACAGGCGGCAACAGCUGGCCGAGAUGUUGGCUUAACCCCAGCCAGCCUAGUCCUUUCAGUUGUCCUAACCGUAUUGCAACUCUAAGGGAGGUCUUGCUCUAGCUGGUAGCUUAUCUUCUAUCUUGUCUUCCGUCUAAUGGCGUUAUACUCCUAAGACCUUUGUUCCUGUCUUUUGACUUAUUACCGAACACUCUAUUCUUCAGUGACUUUCAAUCCUGGAGCCAAGCUCGGAAAUGGCAUCGGCGAUCGUCCAAGUCAAUUGGUCUUAUGAAGAAAUGUAUAAAGCUCGUGGGAAGAUAUCAUAGACUUCUGACUGUAAAGAAAAGAAAGUUUAUGAAAUCUUAUACAGCGGCGUAUGAUGAGCAUAACUAACA